AUGGAAGCGGAUGUCGGCUUUUGCUUUCCCAUCAGGGAACUCUCAAGUACCUUGGUGAAGCUUAAGCUGUUUGAUCCUGCCCGCCACUCGAAGAUAUUCAUCGAGCAGACAGCCGAUAAGCCGGAGAUGUUUGCUCAUAUGCCGAUUGGGCCAUUUGCAGAUGUCGGAGAGUUCCUGACCAAGUACUUCUACCCGCAGGUAUGCAGGUGUAACACAAGAGUAGCCUUUGCUAUUAUAGAUAAGACCAAGCCGGGCCCAGAGGAGGAUGGAGGAGCAUUGGCGGGGAUUGUGACCUAUUCUUACGCAUCUGUGGCCAACCAAAUGCUGGAGAUCGCAUUUAUGGUCGUCUUCCCGGACUUCCAGCGGACACAUGUGACGACUCAUACUGUAGGAUUGAUGCUGCAGUAUGCACUUGACCCCCCUGACAGCAGUGAUCCGUCGAAGGGAGGGCUGGGUUUGCGCAAAGUGCUUUGGCAGACUGCUACGACGAAUGCAGCCUCCCGCGCAACGGCUAAGAAGAUGGGAUUCGAGCAAGAAGGGAUUCUGCGGUGGGACCGAGUGUUUUGGGACGCUGAGCGUAGGAAGAAAGAGGGCAGUGGAAAGAAGAUGCCGGCUCACGCAGACAAGAAAGCCGUUGGUAGGGACACAGUGUACUGUGGACUAUGUUGGGAUGAAUGGGAAGAAGGGAAGAGGCAGAUGGUUCAGCAGCUAAUGGACGGCUUUUUGCAGCGACAAAUAUAG